GAGAUCUUUAAUCAUUUUUUUUAUAACAAACAUAUUUGACCAUUGUUUUUUAAAGAAAAAGAACUUGCGUAUUUUCUUCUAUUUACAUACUAUAUACUUUUAACAUGCUUGCUGGUCAAGUUCUGAUCUUAACUUUAUGGGUAUCUUUUCAUCAACUCGAUUUGAUCAGUUCACAACAACCUCAAACAGGUUGUUCAAAGUAUUAUAAACUUAAACUUACGACUCCAAGUUCUAAUGAUCCGACUGGUCUUCCUCUUAAUCCGAGUAAGAAUAACACCAGCAAAGACGAUUUGAGAGUUAGCUUUAGUUCGAGUUCUAGUUCGAGCUUUAGUUCUAGUUCUAGUGAAACUUUUACGAUAGAUGAAGCUUUGAGUGGUCAGAAAUCUGGAUCUAUAAGUCAACCUGUCCAUUCUAAAAGACACAACAAAAGGGACGUAGUAGAUUUAAAUCAAACUGAAGAUCUAGUUCAAGAUCAUGAACCAGAAUUACGUACGAUUAAUGAAGAAGACGAUCAAUAUAAUGUUUUAUCAGCCAAGACAGGAUUUAGUAAAUUUUCAAAACAUCCAAAAUCUAAACAUACCACUUCCAAAGAAGAUUCCAAAAAUGAAACCGAUUCGAUUCCUAAAUCCGAUACCAAACUCUCAGAUGCCAUUGCUACUUCUUUAAUCCCAACAGGAGAGAUCCCAGAGACUCCAAUUUCAUCUGUUUCUGGAGACACCAACACAACUGAUUCUUACACUUCUCCUUCUACUUCUACUUCUAAAGGAGAUGGAGAUAAUGAAAUAGAUCAAACUAAAAAAGAUUCAAGUCCUCCGAAAUUUUCACCUCCUACAAGUAAAUCUCAAGGACUUCAUGGUAAAGGUAUCAAAAAGGAUGUACAAGCUAAACCUUCAUUAGAAAAGCUUGAAGAAAAAGAAUCUAAGAAACCUACGAGAACGGUUAAGAAUGGAGUAGGUUCAGAUCAAGUGAAAAGUGAUUUGACUGCGACGAAUUCGGGCCUUCAGUCUAGUCUACAACAACCAAAUCAAACUCAAAGUAUCAUUUCUUCAGAUCUCAAUCUCAACUCGAAAACCAAGAUCGGUGCGGAUCCUACUAAGAUUAUCAAAUCUCAAAGCGGUCAAGGGUCUAGCCCUUCAUUCAAAACUAGUGGAAAUGUUGAAAUGAUUCCAAGUGGAAAAGGAAUAUGUGGACCGGUUUUGACAGACUCGGUUUUAGGGGUUUGUCUUUGGAGUGGAAGUGAUCAAACUGGAAAUGAUGUCAAUCAAAGUGGAUGGUUAACAACUGCAUUGAAUUCGAAUUGUGGAAAAGAAGUGAUUCUUUCUCGUUCUGAUAACCCGAGUCUUACUAUCACAGCCAAAGUAGUCGAUGGAUGUGGAUUUAAUCAACUUAAAGCGGACGUAGGAUGUUCUGAAAUUUAUUUAACUAAAAUGGCUUUUCUGGCUUUGAAACCUAAUGAAAUAGAAUCGAAAUCUGGUCAUUUGAAUAAUCUCGUUUGGAAAUUUAAGGAUUCAACACAAAUCAAUUAAAGGAAGAAACAUUUAUUGAAAAGUACUCAAAUUGUUGGGUAAAUUUUUUUUAUGAAUUGGUUCUUGAAAGGUUCAUUGAAACUUUGUAUGAUAAACCGAAUUUGACAUUUGUAAACUUGAUGAUAAAAGAUGAUGACAAAAGACAAUGAUUUAUCAAAUUGAAGUCCAAAAAUCAAAUUCAACUUCGUAUGGAAUUUUCCACAAUAACAAAGAAACCAAAAGUUGGUUCAGUAUCAGUAUCAGUUGUAAAGUAAGACCAGAUGAUUGUGUUUUUGGUUUCGUAAAGAUCUUGUUUUGGUUUCGUAAAGAUCUUGUUUUUGGUUUCGUAAAGAUCUUGUUCUUGGUUUAGUGUUUUUUCGUAUGUAUCAUGAAAGAUUCAAAUGUUAUUCUUGGUUGAAAUUGUUGGU